GCUUCAGGAAGCACAAGUGUAUCAAACAGCCAAGUCCUCUCUCACACCCUACACUUAUAUCAGGAUGGAGUCUGGAGGAGUGAUUGCUGAAGCAGGCUGGGACUCGCUUGGCCUGACGUCGCAGGCCGAGGAGUCGGAGAUGAUGGAGCAGCUGCUUGGCACCUUCCCCUCCAACGGCGAGGAAGAACACCAGGAGCUACCUUGGUCUGUUCAGGCCACACAUGCAUACUAUGCCCACUGUAACGGUAGCUCUAAUGCAUACAGUUCCGCUAGUAGCAACAGUGUUGGUAGUCUCGUCCUUGAUGUGCCGUCGGAUUAUGGGGGCUUCUAUUUGGGCGACUCAAAUGGGAUCGGCUCCUGCACCGCAGCACUUGACCUGAACAUGGUUCAGGAGCAAGGUGCGGCUCAGUUUAUGGAUGCCAUCUUCAACCCUUCAUAUGGGAAUGGCCAUUCAAGCUGCGACGAUCUUGGAGACUCGAGCAUGAACCUGCUUGACUCCAUCGACACGUCCAACAAGAGGAAGCGCCAGGAUCAAGGGAAAAUAGCUGACCAAACAAGUGGUCGGAAAUACUCGAGGAAGGCCGACUCGAAGCGGACAAAGAAGGCCAUGCAAUGUGAAGGCGACGAUGGCACCACUGCUGACACAAGCAAGCAAAGCUUGAGCUGCUGCACGUCUGAAAUUGACUCAAAUGCUUUUCAAGAGCCUCCUGUUGCCUCUAAGCCGAAGGGCAAGGCUCAGGCUGGCCGCCAGACAACUGAUCCCCAGAGCCUCUAUGCAAGGAAAAGAAGAGAAAAGAUCAAUGAGAGGCUGAAGGUACUACAGAACCUUGUUCCGAAUGGAACCAAAGUAGAUAUCAGCACUAUGCUUGAAGAGGCAGUGGAGUAUGUGAAGUUCUUGCAGCUUCAAAUCAAACUCCUCAGCUCCGACGAAAUGUGGAUGUACGCGCCGAUUGCGUACAACGGGAUGAACAUUGGAAUCGACUUGAACCUCUCUCAGCACUGUUAAGACACUUCUAACAGUCUUAAAAAACAGCAGUUAUAUACUUAAAAACGUGAUUUGGGUUAAUUGGCUCAAGUGUUCGUUACUAACGUGCAAGUGGUUUCUGAUCAAUAAGCUAUACUGGGCAGCUGUAUCUCUCUCAGGCGUAAAUAGAGGCCGAAUACAAUGUCCUUCAUAAGCUUUUUUGUAACUUCGGUUACUAAAGGAGUGGCAUGUAUGUUUGGCCCGAAAAAUACGCGAAAAAGACGGAUACUGAAUGUCGGAAGAGGCUCCGCAACUUGUGAAGACAAGGAAGGGCAACCUGUUCUGUUUCUCCUUACUUCAGAUGCGACUUCGCAUGAGAAGGCUGUGUCGUUUUUCUUCUUUUUUCAGGUUUGCUCUAGUAGCAAAUUUGUGUCUUCACUGAAAUACAGUGUUUAUAGGGUAAUAUAAUGUGGUUAGCUGGAACUUGGCGGUUGUCAGACAGCUAAUAAUGCAAGAUCGUGGCAUGAUGUGGCAGUUGUCAUAUAACAUGUUCUGUAAUGAUUACUGUGAUCACGUCAUUUUCUGCUAUACAGUUUGUGUUGAAACCUCAA